UUUAUGCCUUGGCAAUAUUCUUCCUCAUGGUAAAGAAAAUAAAUACGAAAUUUGUGAGUGAUCACACUUGUUAAUGACAAAUAAUUUUGACAUUUAAUUAAUAAAUUUGUUAAAUAAUUUCUGUUCGUUGCCUCGGAUACGCUGUUGCAUUAUGCAAGAUAUUCACAGUAAAGAGAGUCACAGGCCUUCGGAUCUAGGGACAAAAGGAUUGAAAAUUAUGGUAGCAGGCCUGAGCAACGUUCUAAUCCCGCAGCCAACUUCAGGUUUAUUGGCUAUUGGACAUGUACAAUGUACAAGGUGGAACGCAAGUAGGAUCAGUAGGUGGAAAAUGGCGACAUCGAAAAGUCAGCGUUGGAUGGUAGAUUCGGGGAUUCUGCGUAAAAAAAAUGGAGAAGAGGAACCGCAGGAGCUGUUGGUGUUUGGAUAUAGCUGCAAAUUAUUUCGAGAUGAUGACAAGGCGAAAAUGAUUGAUCAAGGAAAGCAUUUGAUACCAUGGAUGGGCGAUAGCACAUUGAAAAUAGACAGGUACGAUGGACGAGGUGCUCUGGGGGACUUACGGAUAUACGAACCACCGACAGGUGGUUUCGAUCAUCGAACGAUCCUGACCGAGGAUGAACUGAAAGUGGAGCAAUUAUGCGACGAAGAGCGGUAUCGGUCUCUCUACAAUAACGAAAUGGAAGAUGCUGUUCAUCAUGAGGAAGAAAUAAAGAGGCUACAUCAAGCUCUGGAUUCAGAGAACACGUACACUCAAGUAGCGUAUGACUACAACGAGGAAGGGAAUGGAUCGAAAAUUGCUUGCGAUGAUUCGCAAAGUCCAAAACAGUCUGAGGGUUCGCAGGAGGAGGAUCAAACUUUUGUCCCACCGCCUGAGUUGGAAAUUCCAGAGGGUAUUUCACUGCCAGAAACACAAAAGUUGAAUGCCAUCAUAACGAAAACGGCGCUAUUUAUAAGUCGUCAAGGUGGCCAAAUGGAGAUUCUAAUUAAAGCGAAGCAAGCGAAUAAUCCACAAUUUUCCUUCUUGUCGAUAGACGGACGGCUUCAUCAAUAUUAUAGAUAUAUACUGGAUGCGAUCAAGACUGGAAAGUAUAAUCCUGAAAAGCAGCCGGAGAAAGAAGAAUCUGAACACGAAGAAGGAUCAUCCGAUCAAGACGAUGAACCGUAUCUUCAUCCGAGCUUGGCGUCGUCCUUAACUAAAAUAGAAGCGGCUCCCAGUAUUCCAAGUAUACAGUACAAACCAUCAGCGGACUGUGCUUAUUCGAUGCUUGUAAAUAAAAUAACCGGAAAACCACCGCCUUCGAAAGCACUGCCGCUACAUCGCGAAACCACGGUUCAAUCAACAACUAGCACAGGAUAUUAUCAUCCUGUGCCAGGACAGAAUUAUAACCCUUAUUCGACUUCGGUUACUGCGAUGACUGCAACGGCUACAACGGCUGCCACACCUGUACAAUACUCUCAUGGUCCAGUAAUAUACGGACCAAACGGGCAGAUACAGUCACCAUUACAAAUGGCUGUACCGAACUUAUUAACAUGUACGAAUGAAAUGUCGACGACACAAAUUACAACGAAUGAGUCACAGCCACAAUUGGUACCGUACGGAUCCACAUCUCAGAAACAAUUAAGUAGACCUUCGUUUAUCGUUCCACCGGCGGAUGUACAAAUAAUUAUAGAUAAAAUGGCGAGUUACGUGGCGAAGAACGGUAGAGAUUUUGAGGCGAUCGUUAAAAAUAAAGGAGAUCCGAGAUUCAAUUUUCUGGAAUUAUCGCAUCAGUACCACGGUUAUUACGCGCACAAACUGACAAUAUACGAAGGUGCGGUAAACCCGAAAGUAUUGACAGAGGAAGAGCUGUUACAGAAACAGGAGCCGCAAGAAGAAAAGCAGAAGAAACUGGAGGAAUUGCAGAAGAAGCAACAAAGAAUGGAGGAAGUGCAGAAGAGAGUGAAGAUGAUACAAGCGAAAAAGAAGUGCGAGCCAAGGAUGAAAGAAACGACUACGACAUCGACGACGACGACGACGGCGUCGUCGAACACCGAAGGAGUGAAACAAGUGACGACAGUUUCGUUUUCGAUAAAAAAGCCAAAGGACGGGGAUACCGGGGUGAUCGAAAAACGAAACGCACUGCCACUGGAAGAGAGUGACGAUGAAAUGGAAGCCGAGAGCAAAGAUGGAAAUUCAAAACCAAGCUCGCCGCAAGAUUCGAACGAACAGAAUUCGCUGAUCGGUGUUUCCGUGGACAAAGAUGGCAGUGGAGCGUGGAAGUCGGAAAAAAAGUGGAAAAACGAGGAAAAGGAGUUGGUGGACCUUACGGACGAGAUUCUGGAAGACUGUCAAAAGGAGAUUAGGCACAAGCAGGCCGAAGAUAGAAUCAAGGAUAAGCUAGUUGCUGCAGCACGUGACAAACUGGCUGCUACUUCGAGAGAAAGGCAGCUUCAAUUGGAAAGGAAAAAGAAAGCGGCAGCGUUUUUAAGUCAAAUACAGAGUUCCGGUUUACCUAAAGGUAGUGGAACCGUAGCGACUGUCGCGAAUCAGGUAGGAACGAGGAAAGACGAUUCGGACGAAGUACACUCCGUUCCGUCGCCAUCUCCAUCGCCGUCGUUGGAGGACGCAAAGUCCUCUUGCGAUUUAAGGACCUCCGGUGGGAACUCUUUGAUGGACAGGCUCAAGAGCGCGGAUUUGACCGGCAAAAGAUCUAGACCGCGAUCGAGGAGUCCAAGCGGGAGUCGAAGUUACACAGAUAGACAAAAAUUUCACAAGAAACACAAAAAGAAGAAAAGUUCUCACAGAAGCAACCACGACAGUCCGAGCAGUUCUCGAUCGCAUAGAUCCAAGAAGAGCAAGAAGUCUUCGUCCAAGCAUAGGUCACCGUCGCAAACGUCAUCUCGAAGACAUCAUCACAGUGCGCGACGAAAGGGAAGCAACUCUUCGUACUCGGAUUCGUGUUCAUCCUGAAAACGCGUUGUCCUCGUAUUCGCGCAUCAUCGAUAAGCAGAAAUGUAUACCUUAAAGGUGUACAUUAACAUACACGCGUAUAUAUAAGUCCACGCAUACGAGAUGUAAAUAUGCGAGUACAUAUGUAUAUGCAGUUUCGUGCGUAUAUCGUUAAUUAAAGUGUCGGUGAUAAUUUUAAUACGACCAUUGUCCAAGACAAAACGAAAGUAAGGAAAGAUUGAAGAAUAAAAAGGUUUUGCCAAGAUUGUA